AUGAUCAAAGAAUGGCAGAAAUUCCUGUUCUCUCCCCAGCCCGGGCCCAACUCGCAAAGAAAGCAGGCAGGUAUCCUCUAUUUCUACACAGCGCAAGGCAAAGACCUCUCCCCCGACCCCCAAUCCGCGAAACGCCCCGUUCUCGUCAACUUCCACGGCGGCGGCUUCACAAUCGGCCAUGCCGUCGACGACGCGCGCUGGUUCCGCAAAGUACUCCAGAGCUACCCCGACGCCGUAGUCGUCAGCGUAGGCUACCGUCUCGCGCCAGAGCACCCAUACCCGACCGCGAUCCAAGACAGUGCAGACGCAGUCCUAUGGCUAUGGAAGAACGCCGAUCAACAUAAUCUCGACCGAACCCGCUUCGUCCUAAGCGGCGACAGCGCCGGGGGAAACUUAGCCCUGACAGUUCCCUUGAUGCUAUACAACGAACGCGUAAAGCAGCAGCAGCAGCAGCAGCAGCAAAGCCCAGCCAGCGAGCAAGAGAAAGCGGACGAGGAAAUCCUGGAAUCCCGAUUAGCCGGGUUAAUCACAUUCUACCCGCCGACGAACUGGACUCGAACGCGCGAACAGCGCGAUGCAACGAACCCGAUCGCAGCCCGGAAAUCCAUGAUCAAGCCGGGUGUCUUCAAGGUGUUCGAUGACUCCUAUCUUGACCCGGAGAACUUGCCUUAUGCGUCUGUUGGGACUGAAGGUGGGUCGAAGCAGGUUGAUAUGGCGCAUCCUUAUCUCUCGCCUGGUCUGAUGCCGACAUCGCUCUUGUUGGCGGCGUAUCCGCCGAACGUCUCCAUCUACACGUGCGGUUGGGACCAGUUACUAGCGGAGGGUAAUGAGUUUCGGGAACGGUUGCGUCUUUUGGCUGUCGAGGGGCAGAUGGCACAUGUUGGUGGGACUGUGAUUGAGGACGUUGUGCAUGGGUUUGAUAAGAAGCCUUCUUUUGUGAUGGGGAAUAAGACUCGGGACCGCAUGUAUGGAGAUGCGGUGAGGCAGUUGGGGGUCAUGUGGGAUUAG